GCCGCGCAGAGGAAACCGCCGGGGGUGGGGGAGGGGGAGGAGACGGCGCGGAGCCGGGGUUCCUGUCAUGUGACCCCUCCCCGCCCGCCUGGCGUGGCGGGAGCCUGCCUGAGGAGGGGUCUCCCCCGGGUGCUUGGUCCCUGCUCCCCAGGGCCAACACCUUGAGGCUCACCCGACAGGCGCCCCACAUCCCUCCUGGGGCCAGCACCGCACCCCCAACAUCAACCCCACCUCAGAGAUGCUGCGGCAGUGGCCGGGGCAGCCGGGGCAGGCCCCCGGGGAGGCAGACCCCGAGCCAGGAGUCGAGGUGCUGUGGGAGCAGGAGAUGGAGCGGCUGUGCGCCUCCCGGGUGCCGGUGCGCGCACUGCCCUACGCCAUGGUGGACAAGCGCUGCAUCCGGCGGCUUAGGGAGCCCGAGGGGAUGGAGACUUCUUGCUGGCGGCGGUGGCAACGCAGGCGACAGACCGCGGGACGGCGCCUGGGGGAGGCAGCACAGAGGCUGGCCCGGGGCUUUGGGCUCUGGGAGGCGCCUCUCUACGAGAUCGGGGGCCUCUUUGGCACUGGAAUCCAGUCCUAUUUCACCUUCCUCCGCUUCCUGCUGCUGCUCAACCUGCUGGCACUGCUUCUGACUACCAGCUUCGUCCUGCUGCCCCUGGUCUGGCUCCGCCCCCCUGACCCAGACCCCGCCCUUAACUUAACCUUUCAGUGCUCUGGCGGCCACCAGCCCCACAGUGGUGAUCCCCAGUUGCACACUCGACUCUGGAAUGUUUUGACUGGCAGGGCCUUCAACAACACCUAUCUCUUCUAUGGCACGUACCGGGCGGGGCCCGAGAGCAGCGAUGCGUACAGCAUCCGCCUGGCCUACCUCCUGAGCCCGCUGGCCUGCCUGCUCCUCUGCUUCUGUGGGACCCUGUGGCGGAUGGUGAAGGGGCUGCCGCAGAAGCUGUUCCUGGGCCAGGACUAUAGGUCACCUCUCAGUGCCAAGGUCUUCUCUUCCUGGGAUUUCUGCAUCCGGGGGCAGGAAGCAGCCACCAUUAAGAAGCAUGAGAUCAGCAAUGAAUUCAAGGUGGAGCUAGAGGAGGGGCAUCGCCUCCUGCUGGCGCAGCAGCAGACCCGGGCCCAGAGAGCCUGCCACCUGCUCACCUACCUUCGUGUCAACAUCCUCAUCGGGAUUCUGGUAGCUGGGGCCAUCAGCACCAUCUUCUGGGCCACCAAGUACUCACAGGAUAACAAGGAGGAGUCCCUGUUUGUGCUACUCCAGUACCUGCCCCCUGGGGUCAUCUCUCUGGUCAACUUUCUGGGUCCCCUGUUGUUUGUCUUCCUUGUCCAGCUGGAGAACUACCCUCCCAACACUGAGAUCAACCUCACCCUUAUGUGGUGA